AAAAAGCUAAAAAUAUAUAUAAGAUGAACAUGUGUGGCUUGUUUUCAGCAUUUCAUCACAGUGAAGAUCUGUGUGAAAGCAUAUGACCAACCCCGAGUGGGCUGGUCCCUUCACUAACUUAAUAUCUCUCAAGGCAUGCUAGAGCUGAGGCCUCUGUUAGCUUCUUCAAGUCUCAGUGGCACACUGGGAGCUACGCCUUCCUCCAACAACUGCAAGCAUGGAAUGAACUGAGAGAAAUAACAUAAACGAGACUUCUUCAACAAGUAGGGGGAAAAGAGCUGCUCACUAUGGAGCCAAAGGACAGACCGGUCCCUAGGAAGAGUCUGGGCUCUGGCUCGAGUAUACAUUAUGGCUCUUUUGUGAACAGCCUUUCAUCACUUACACCAAAGGCAGAGGAAAAGGAGAAACCAGCCAUUUCACCCAGACGCGCCUAUGUAGCUGUAGCUGUGCUUUGCUACGUCAACUUGCUCAACUACACCGAACGGUACACAAUAGCAGGUGUCCUUCCCAACAUUCAGAAGUUCUUCUCCAUAAGUGACAGCACAGCUGCACUUAUACAGACAGUUUUCAUCUGCAGUUUCUUGCUUUUGGCCCCUCUCUUUGGCUACCUGGGGGACCGCUACAACCGGAAAUACAUCAUGAUUGGGGGUUUGGGUGUGUGGCUUGUGACUGCAGUCGGCAGCUCUUUUGUCACUGAGUCGUACUUCUGGCUUCUGAUGCUGCUGCGAGCCAUGGUCGGGAUAGGUGAGGCCAGCUACUCCACCAUCGCUCCCACAAUCAUUGGUGACCUCUUUGUUGGGAAUCAACGGAGCGCCAUGAUCUGUGUCUUCUACCUCUUUAUUCCUGUUGGAAGUGGUCUUGGAUACAUUACAGGGGCAGGGGUUGCUACUCUGACAGGAGACUGGCGCUGGGCUCUCACGAUCACUCCCAUCUUGGGUGUAGUGGGACUUUUCUUGCUGGUCUUCUUUUGCCCUAACCCACCCAGAGGUGCUGCCGAAACCCACGGAGAGGGAGUUACAGGCCAGAGCUCUUACAAGGAGGAUGUCAAAUAUCUUCUGAAAAAUAAAAGUUAUGUGUGGUCAUCACUGGGAGUGACGGCUACGGCCUUCCUCACCGGAGCCCUGGCUUUCUGGAUGCCUACGUUUCUGUCCAGAGCUCAGGUCAGCCAGGGAAUCCGAGAGCCGUGCGUCCAGGAGCCCUGCAACCCCAUAGACAGCUAUAUCUUCGGUGCUGUAACGGUGGUGACGGGCAUUGUGGGAGCGUGUCUUGGCAGUGGUUUAUCUAGAAGGUUUAGGGACAAGGUCCCAAAUGCCGACCCACUCAUCUGCGCAGUAGGCCUGAUGGGAUCCGCUCCCUGCCUCUUUAUCACCAUCUUUGUGGCGUCAGCAAGCAUUCCCGCCACUUACGUAUUCAUUUUCUUUGGUGAAUUAUUGAUAUCACUGAACUGGGCUGUCUUGGCUGAUAUACUGCUGUAUGUUGUCGUGCCAACCAGAAGGUCCACAGCUGAGGCUCUCCAGAUUUCAGUCCUUCAUCUCCUGGGGGAUGCCGGCAGUCCUUACCUAGUAGGAGCGAUCUCUGAUGCUAUAAGCAAAUCUAGAUCUGCAACACCUGAAUGGAGCUUCCGCAGUCUGAAGUACAGCCUUUUGAUCUGCCCAUUUGUUGGGAUCCUGGGUGGACUGUUUUUCUUCAUUACCUCCCUCUACAUCGCUGAAGACAGGAAGGUGGCUGCGCAGUUGGACGAAGGAAGCCCCUCACCACAGCAGGGUCCUGCAUCUGUGCCCACAAUGGAACUGAGCACCGAUGGCAUUAAGUAACGCGGGGGCAAAAGCACCCAUGCCAUUAAUUUAUUCUGUAAAUAUUUAGAGUUAAGUUAAAAACUACGGGUGUUGACAAAAUAUACAUUUUUGUCCCUUCACAGCCUCACACUGAUGUCAGAUGCAGAGAAAACUUGUUAAAUCACACUUUAGUUAGACCAUGAAAUGUUUUUUAAAUGCUCGUCUGUUCACCCAUGCAGGAUCAAAUUGUAUUUUCAACAGAUGAAGUCAAGUCAUGUCAUCUUAAUAGAAAAGCUUUGGCCAACUU